UUAAAAGUUAAGAGCUACUACAGAUCAUUACAUUGUUAAAGCUGAAUUUGGGCUCUCUGCUGAGCCGCCCGACUUCAUUUCGUCUAACAUAUACGAGAGGAAGCUCAUGUCAUCAGUGGAGUACAUGAAAAAGGACUGCUUAGCGUCUGGGACCCUGUCAUCGACCUCUUUGAAAGGCACUUUAACUAAAAUCCAGAGCAGAAGACGCAAAGGAAAGAAGCUUGUAGCAAACGACCAGGAAGAUCCAGAGGGAGAAUGUGAUACUUGCAGUCUCUCUCUCCCUGCUUGCGGCAGUCGCAAUCGCACAGUUCGCAGGAUCCUGGUAGCCUGCGUCGUCUCCUUCCUUGCCCUGUUUUCCGCCAUGGCCGUGGACUUCAGCUCCAGCUUGGCUCAGUGGCAGCACACAGAGGACUGCCUCGGUGAACUGACCUCCUGUAGAACUAAUGCAACGCUCCAAAUCAUUACUGAACUCCAAACGAUGAGAAACGCAUGCUCGUCAAGAGAGAGCAGAAAUAGUGGGCAAGAGAUAUUGCCAAGUUUCUCAUUCAGUGUGCUGUCGGUGGUCAGUCACCAUUGUACAGGUGUACAAACAGAUGGCCAUGGACAGCCUUGUGGUGCAGAUCUCACUGAGCUUUGCAAACAUCUUCGGUCUGACUUUUUGGAGUUUGUUAAUGAGUCAUGGAGUGAUGAGCCAACUAGUAUGAAUGCAACCACUUUUGUCACACUUGCGAUUCAAAAAAUCUUACACUCCUCCGGCAUUGGAGAUGUAGACGUUGGUCUUCUGAAGUACAGUUCAGACUGGGCAGACCUGCUCACUGUGAAACUUCUCAUUACACUCCAGGAGCUGAACUAUCAGUGGAUACUGGGUGAAGGAGGGGCAGACUUCCAAUAUAAAUGGUCACAAACAAUGACCCUUCUGAUCAUCCUCCAAAACAUGUCUGAGAGCUUCCAGAGCUGUUGGAUGGAGAACUUUGGCCUGGAGCUCCAGCUGACUCAACUAAAAGACUUUCACCCACUCUUUUCCCUCUGCAGCCCUGGUUCCUCUUUGGAAGGAGCCUCCGCGUUCAUUCUUACGUUGGGAAACAUUCAGAACUGCUUUCUUUCCAAGGCCACAUUGGCCUUGAAGAUGAAAUCCAGAGAUAUCUCCUCCAGCGUGAGCCUGAAGAUAUGUCUGCUAACCAUUGCAUGUCUCAUCUACCCCAUCGUGCUUCUCUCCUUUAAGGAAAUGACAGAGUGGAUCCAGGAUUACGCUCAGAGCCUGAAGGAAAGGACGGAGGACCUGAAGACUCAAAGGCGUCUUGCUGAGGAUCUCCUCCACCAGAUGCUGCCCAAAUCUGUGGCCAAGCAGCUGCGGAAAAACAGACACGUGGAAGCUGAAAGCUAUGAAAGUGUGACCAUUUUCUUUUCGGAUAUUGUGGGUUUCACUGCCAUAUCAGCUUCCUGUACGCCACUGCAAGUUGUUGAAAUGCUAAACAAUCUGUACAUGUGCUUCGACACACGCAUCGACUCUUAUGACGUCUACAAGGUGGAGACUAUUGGUGAUGCGUACAUGGUUGUGAGUGGGCUUCCAGAGAGAAAUGGUGAUAAACAUGCAGAUGAGAUUGCUAAGAUGUCUCUGGAUCUGGUGGCUGCUGUGAGACAGGUUCCCAUUCCUCACAUGCCCAACAAACGCCUUCAGCUCCGAGCAGGGAUACACACAGGCCCAUGUGUAGCAGGUAUUGUGGGCUACAAGAUGCCCAGGUACUGUCUGUUUGGAGACACAGUCAACACAGCCUCCCGAAUGGAGUCAACCAGUCUGCCUCAGAAGGUCCAUGCGAGCUCUGCAACAUACCUGGCUCUUAUGAAAGACAAUGCGUAUGAGCUCCAGCUAAGAGGAGAGAUUGAGGUGAAGGGAAAAGGGAAAAUGAAUACCUACUGGCUGGUUGGUCACAAAAACUACAGUGUCCAGAACGACAGUUUGGUCUGUCACUGGAAUCCUAACCUGUCUAGGAAAAAGAAGACACUUAUAGAGAGCAAUGCUUCAGUAGGGAAUUCCAGCAUCACAGUGCAGAGCAUAAGUGAGAGUGCCACGCCGCUGUCUCAGAGUGAGGCUCCACUCAGGGUGGAGGGCUCGGAGGUCACUAUCUGUGUGUCAGCGCAGGUGGAGAACCGAGCAGGCAGCUACGGAACGCUGGGCUCCAUGAUGGGCGGUGAGGAGAACCCCCCCAGCCCACAGGCCCACAGAGAAGCUUCUAUACCAGGCUUGGUGCCACAUUGCUAAAUGGGACUGACAGUAAAAAAAAACAUGUGAGAUUUGUGUAGGAUUCUUCUUGGCAAAUGAAGAUGAACGUAGGCUUUAAGGGGAACCACCAGUUUUUAAAAAUAAUUCAGUUUGAGAUGUAUACAAAGUCAUUCGGAAUGGUUUGAUGUGAAAUGGUUCAUUUUAGAGAAACAACUUUGAUUUCUUCAUAGUGGUGGUGAUAGGAACCAGGAGCCGUGAUGUUUAUAAUGCAAAUAUGAGUCUUCUGAGUUUUUAUGUUGAUAGUGCUAAAAUAGAGAUAAAUAAAAAAAAAUACUAUUUUGCCUUGUGAUACCCAGCAUGUACCUCACCGCUUUGACUGGAUUAAAAGAAAUAAG